GGUUCGGGCGGCGGCUCUCGGCGCUCUGAGGCGCGGGGCGCGGUGGGCGCAGCCAGGGCUCAUGUAAUCAAAGAAGUUUCUUUGUUGUGUGUAUCUUUUCAGAGCACAACAGGAAUUGAAAAUGAAUCAGAACGCAGCUGAGCCUGUGGCAACCACGGAGACCCUGGCCGAGGUACCUGAACAUGUGCUUCGAGGACUUCCGGAAGAAGUGAGGCUUUUCCCAUCUGCUGUUGACAAAACUCGGAUUGGUGUCUGGGCCACUAAACCAAUUUUAAAAGGCAAAAAGUUUGGGCCAUUUGUCGGUGACAAGAAAAAAAGAUCUCAGGUUAAGAAUAAUGUAUACAUGUGGGAGGUCUAUUACCCAAAUUUGGGAUGGAUGUGCAUUGAUGCCACCGAUCCAGAGAAGGGGAACUGGCUGCGCUAUGUGAAUUGGGCUUGCUCAGGAGAAGAGCAAAAUUUAUUUCCACUGGAAAUCAACAGGGCCAUUUACUAUAAAACUUUAAAGCCAAUCGCGCCGGGCGAGGAGCUCCUGGUCUGGUACAAUGGGGAAGACAACCCCGAGAUAGCAGCUGCGAUUGAGGAAGAGCGAGCCAGCGCCCGGAGCAAGCGGAGCUCCCCGAAAAGCAGGAAAGGGAAGAAAAAAUCCCAAGAAAGUAAAAACAAAGCAAACAAAACCGAAGACGUACAGCUGAAGACAAGUGAGCCAGAUCCCAGCCCUGCAAAUAUGAGAGAUUCUGCGGAAGGCCCCAAAGACGAAGACGAGAAGCCUUCCGCUUCCGCCACUGAGCAACCAGCCGUCCCUCAGGAGAUCGUGAGCCAGGAUGUGCCUCCGGAGUUCGCCCUCCCUCCCCCUGCCCACGAGCCCCAGACAGGACCAGACGCAGAGCAGGAAGCAGCGCUCUGUGAGGCGAAUGAGGUGGUGGAGGAGGAGGAGGAGGAGGAAGAGGAGGAGCUGGAAGAAGAUGGGGACGAAGCAGCUGAUGUGCCAAAUCAAAGUUCCCUGAGAGAGCCGGAGAUCCGGUGUGAUGAGAAGCCCGAGGAUUUGUUAGAAGAACCAAAAACUGUUUCAAAGGAAACUCUUGAAGACUCUGCGGAGGCAGCCCCUGUUGUGAAAACUCCCAGAGCCAGAGAAGAGGCCAACGGGGACGUGUUUGAAACGUUUCUGUUCCCAUGUCAGCACUGCGAGAGGAAGUUCACGACCAAGCAGGGGCUGGAGCGGCACACACACAUCCACAUGUCCACGGCCAGCCACGCCUUCAAGUGCAAGUACUGCGGGAAGGCCUUCGGCACACAGAUCAACCGGCGGCGCCACGAGCGGCGCCACGAGGCCGGGCUGAAGCGAAAGCUCGAGGACCCGGCCGGCAGCAAGGCGCCCAGCGACGAUGCUCCUCCCCAGGACGACACACAGCCCCCCGGUCUUGGGCACGAUGGCCUGACCUUGAGUUCAGAGAAGGUGUCCCAGGACUCAGUGACUCCUUCCGUCGUAGAAGAGAAUGGCGAAGCUAAAGAGCUUCACCCGUGCAAGUACUGUAAGAAGGUUUUCGGCACUCACACGAAUAUGAGACGGCAUCAGCGCAGAGUUCACGAGCGGCACCUGAUUCCCAAGGGGGUGCGGCGGAAAGGGGGCCUCCUGGAAGAGCCACAGCCCCCAGCAGAGCAGGCCCCUCCCGCCCCAAGUAUCUAUGUCCCCAGCACAGACCCAGAGGAGGAAGGGGAGGCGGACGAUGUGUACAUCAUGGAUAUUUCCAGCAAUAUCUCUGAGAACCUAAAUUACUACAUUGAUGGUAAAAUUCAGACCAGCAGCAGCACCAGUAACUGUGACGUUAUUGAGAUGGAAUCCAAUUCGGCAGACUUGUACGGAAUAAACUGUCUGCUCACUCCAGUCACAGUGGAAAUCACUCAGAACAUAAAGACCACGCAGGUCCCUAUAACCGAUGAUCUCCCUAAAGAGCCUUCCAGCAGCACAAACAGCGAGUCCAAGAAACGGAGGACUGCUAGUCCGCCCGUGUUACCCAAAAUUAAAGCCGAGACUGAGUCUGAUCCUGCCACACCUUCGUGUUCCUUGAGUCUGCCUCUCAGCAUAUCAACCACAGAGGCGGUGUCUUUCCACAAAGAGAAAAGCGUGUAUUUGUCAUCAAAGCUCAAACAGCUUCUUCAGACCCAGGAUAAAUUAACGCCUCCUGCAGGGAUUUCAGCCGCUGAGAUACCCAAGUUAGGCCCUGUCUGCGUGUCCGCUCCUGCGUCGAUGCUACCUGUGACUUCUAGCAGGUUUAAGAGGCGAACCAGCUCUCCCCCCAGCUCUCCCCAGCACAGCCCUGCCCUGCGAGACUUUGGAAAACCAGGAGAUGGGAAAGCCAUGUGGACUGAGGCAGUUCUAAGCUCCAAAAAACCCAAAUUAGAGAGUCACAGCAACUCACCAGCAUGGAGUUUGUCUGGGAGAGAUGAGAGAGAAACUGGGAGCCCGCCGGGCUUUGAUGAAUAUAAGGUGUCUAACGAAUGGGCAGCUAGCUCUGCUUUUAGCAGUGUGUGCAACCAGCAGCCACUGGAUUUGUCCAGUGGUGUGAAACAGAAGGCUGAGGGGCCAGGCAAGGCUCCGGUCCAGUGGGAAGCUGUGUUAGAUCUCAGUGUGCAUAAAAAGCCCUGUGGUGACUCUGAAGGCAAGGAAUUCAAAGAAAACCAUGUGCUGCAGCCAUCCUGCAGUGCUGUGAAGAAAAGGAAACCCACCACCUGCAUGCUGCAGAAGGUCCUUCUCAACGAAUACAACGGCGUCGACCUCCCUGUGGAAAACGCUCCAGAGGCAUCCGGAAGCGCCAGUCCCUGUAAACCUCUAGAUCCUCAGCCAGACCCUGACCUUGGUCUCAACUCCAGCUCGUCUGCCACUGUUGUCGAGGCUCCUCCUGACGUUUCCUCAUCGUCACCUGCCCUGCAACCACCUUCCCUCUCUUGCGGGCGGCUGCCGCCUCUCUUGACCCCCACGACCCCCUCCUCUCCUCCGCCCUGUCCCCCCGUGUUAACGGUUGCCACUCCGCCCCCUCCGCUGCUUCCUACUGUCGUUCUUCCAGCCCCCUCUGCUGGGGCGUCCCCCCACCCGUGUCCCUCCCCACUCUCGAAUGCCACCGCACAGUCCCCACUUCCAAUUCUCUCCCCGACGGUGUCCCCCUCGCCGUCCCCCAUUCCCUCCGUGGAGCCUGUUAUGUCUGGUGCUUCACCGGGGCCUCCAACACUCUCCUCAUCUUCCUCCUCUUCUUCCUCCUCUUCCUUCUCAUCUUCCUCCUCCUCCUCUUCCCCUUCACCGCCUCCUCUCUCAGCAGUGUCAUCCGUGGUUUCCUCUGGGGAUAAUCUGGAAACCUCUCUCCCCAUGAUAUCUUUUAAGCAGGAGGAACUAGAGAGUGAAGACCUGAAAGCCAGGGAGGAAGCCCCAUCCGCCACUGAGCAGGAGAUCGUCCAGGAGACAUUCAACAGGAACUUUGUCUGCAACGUCUGUGAAUCACCUUUUCUUUCCAUUAAGGAUCUAACCAAACAUUUAUCCAUUCACGCUGAGGAAUGGCCCUUCAAAUGUGAAUUUUGUGUGCAGCUCUUCAAGGUGAAAACUGAUCUGUCAGAACACCGCUUCAUGCUUCACGGCGUUGGGAAUAUCUUCGUGUGCUCAGUUUGUAAAAAGGAGUUUGCGUUCUUGUGCAAUCUGCAGCAGCACCAGCGAGAUCUCCACCCGGAUACGGUGUGCACGCACCACGAGUUUGAAAGCGGCACCCUGAGGCCCCAGAACUUUACGGAUCCCAGCAAGGCCCAUGUUGAGCACAUGCAGAGUUUGCCAGAAGACCCUCUAGAAGCGUCUAAAGAAGAGGAGGAGUUGAACGAUUCUUCCGAAGAGCUUUACACGACCAUCAAAAUAAUGGCUUCCGGAAUGAAAACAAAGGAUCCAGAUGUUCGAUUGGGUCUCAACCAACAUUACCCAAGCUUUAAACCACCCCCGUUUCAGUACCAUCACCGCAGCCCCCUGGGCAUUGGUGUGACGGCCACAAACUUCACUACGCACAACAUCCCACAGACAUUUACCACCGCCAUCCGCUGCACCAAGUGCGGGAAAGGCGUGGACAACAUGCCUGAACUGCACAAACACAUCCUGGCAUGUGCCUCUGCGAGUGACAAGAAGAGGUAUACCCCCAAGAAAAACCCGGUCCCACUGAAGCAGACUGUGCAACCCAAAAAUGGCGUGGUGGUUCUGGACAACUCUGGGAAAAACGCCUUCAGACGAAUGGGCCAGCCCAAAAGACUGAACUUUAGUGUGGAGCUCAGCAAAAUGUCCUCGAAUAAGCUCAAGUUAAACGCGUUGAAGAAAAAGAACCAGCUCGUCCAGAAAGCAAUCCUACAGAAAAACAAGUCUGCAAAGCAAAAGGCUGACCUAAAAACCACUCCUGAGUCGUCCUCGCACGUCUGCCCAUACUGCCACAGAGAGUUCACGUACAUCGGGAGCCUGAACAAGCAUGCUGCUUUCAGCUGUCCCAAAAAACCUCUUUCUCCUUCCAAAAAAAAACUUUCCCACUCUUCCAAGAAAGGGGGGCACCAGUCACCUGCCGGGAGUGACAGAAACAACAGCAGCAGCCACCGCAGACGGACAGCAGACGCCGAGAUCAAAAUGCAGAGCAUGCAGGCACCUCUGGGCAAGACCAGAGCUCGCAGCUCGGGCCCCUCACAGGUCCCACCACCCGCCUCGUCCUUCAGGUCCAAGCAGAACGUUAAAUUCGCCGCUUCGGUCAAGUCCAAAAAACCAAGCUCCUCUUUAAGGAACUCGAGCCCCAUACGAAUGGCCAAAAUGACUCACAGCGAGAGCAAGAAGCCCAAAGCUGCAGCCAAGAACCAUGCAGCUCCCCUCUCAGGCAAGACGUCGAGGAGCCUGCACGUGCGGGCGCAGAAAAGCAGAGCCGUCUUACAGAGCAAGUCGGCCUUGGCCAGUAAGAAACGGACAGACAGGUUCAGUGUAAAAUCCAGAGAACGGAGUGGGGGGCCGAUCACCCGAAGCCUGCAGCUGGCGGCUUCUGCCGACCCCAGUGAGAACAGGAAGGAGGACGGGAGUGGCAAGCAGGAGCUGAAGGACCUCAGGGCAGGAGUUAAGUUUGUUGCAUUGACUUCUUAAACUUUCUAAGUUACUUCACCUGUGAGUGGAGUGUACUUUUGGUAUUCCUGCUGCUUCCUGCAUAAGGCCUGCAGGUCCAUCUCCGGUGAAAUUCUUCAUCAUCAGCUAGAAUUUCUGUGAAGUGUUGAGAAAUCCUGUCCUUUCAGAGUGAGCUGCGUGACUCUAGGCUGUUGGCUGUAACUUUGUGUCUCAGAAUCCUUUGGUAUUUUAAGCGAACAGAAGCAAAGUUAACUGUAGGUGGGGGGAGGUGGUCGGAGGAUGACUGCUGUCUGGAGAGGUCACAAGGGGUUCAGAGAUGCUGUUACCACCACACAGUCGAUGAGGCAGAGUUCUUGGUGCUGGUGCCGUAAGUGAUGGCUGAAGAUGGAGAGAAGGAUCAUUAGCGGAGGGCAGACUGGAAUGAUGGACUGUAGGAAUAAAGGAUCAGAUUUUUUUUGUUAAGCUUCUUCAUAAUAGAUCCUGUAGCUCUCACUCAGCAUCUGGUGUCUGACUCUGGCAUGUGCGUAUACAGCAUCUUGGAGCUUAGUUAGUCCCGGCGAAAGUAAACACCUGUUGAUCAGCUGUCCACACUGCCUGCCGGUAGCAGCUUCACUGUGUACCUCCUGUACUCAGUCUGUGUUCUGGAAGUUCAACAACAACAGGACAUUCUUGAGCUGUGCUUUCCAAGGUUAAAGAACCCCAAACAUGCUGUCAUUUUCUCAGACUGUACUAAAAAACGUUUCCCAAGUGGCUGAUGCUUUAGAAUGUACUCUGUAUUCCUCUUUGUCUCCAAUAGUAUCUGAAAGAAUCACUUAUUUUGUAUUGGAUCCCAUUUAUACAGUUCAAAGGUAAAAUUGAUAUGGAAAAAUUAAUAUUGUGUAAAGGAAACCUGAGUGAGGUUCAUCCAGUGGUUUUGAAGGACCCUUAAAGACUGCAGAGGACCGAAGUGCCUAAUAAAAUUGUGUCUCUGUUCUUUGCUCUAGUUAGUUUUAAUUAUUUUGCUUUGUUUGUGAGUUAACAUGACUGGCAUGAAAUCUGACCUAAAAGGAAACAAGAAUCAGAUAAGAGUGGGUUAAUUGUUCUGGCUGUGUAUGGUGGCUGCGGGCUCCCGUGAAAGUGGCCGCAGCUUGUGUGAGACACAGGAGCUGCGCUGCGGACACACCUGAAGGACACGUGUCUUCCACAGGGGCCACUUAUGAGCGAUCGUAAAGUGUUUGGGGAACUACACAAUGACCAUUCAGUGGGACACCAUAUUUUGAUUGUCUGGGCAGAAGAGGGGGUGUUUCUUUCGAGAGGAGUGGUCGUCUCGAUGCCUUGUGGUGAAGUUGGUGUAACGCCGGGGCACUCGGCACAGGCCUGAAAGAUGUAAUGGUCCCUCUGUGCCAGCCCCGGGCUCCUAGCAGAGCCUCUCCUCCGUUCAUGCUUGUUGCCCUACACUGGCAGGGAGUUUACUAGACGUCUUUCCUUUUCAGUGUAUUUCUACUUUGAAAUUUUAUUCAGGGGGGAUUUUGUGUUGCAAGUUUGGAAAUACCCGCUUUCAUUCUGUUUUCAGUGUUUCUGCUGUGCUCUCCCCAUUGCACAUUCAAGGACUUACCCGGAACUGGCAGCACACCCUUUUCCUGUGUGUUUCUUCAUAACUGUGAUUAAGGGCUGGUCCUCAAUGCACAGGCUUUUUACAUUCAAAUACCAGUUUAGAAUUCCACAGAUUUUCAAGUAUACACUUGCAGUCAGCCGUGAGAACGACGUCAGUUUUCCAUCGCACACUGAGGGCUCAGCAGAAUUUGCCGUUCAGUCAUUUCCUGGAGCACAAGCCAUUGUGCCAUUCAGGGUGUGAAAGAGGCAUGUGCUCCAAAUCCUUUUCUUAGGACAAAGCUGCAGAGGCAUACUGCUCUCUAGAUUCUCCUGUUACAGCUCUUAAUCCAGCAAACCCUUUAUUGGGCUCACCUUCACUGGUCGGGACAACCCACUGGUGGCUUGUCAGUGGAACCGCAUUUAGAGCUAUUGCUGAGAGCUCAUUUCCCCAGGCUGUAAGACAAAAAAAGACAAGGAAAGAGGUAUAUUUUCUGCUCCCUUCUUACCCAUCUUUAGUCUUUGUGAGUCCCAAGGCAUUUUUACACUCUCAGUACUGCUUUUAGAGCAACUUUUUUUUUUUUAAUACUGUAUUCCCAUUGCAGCCAGUUAAGGACAUGUAAAUAAGUGAUGGAGAAGUAAAAUAAAAUUCUAGACCAAGUUUUUCCAUUUACCAUGAAAGUGAUUAAAAGAGGAAAACGGUGCUGAUUUCUCACAUCCCAUCUCUGCCACGCCACUCCAGGGAGAGCGUCUGUGCCCCUCCCAGCACAUCCCUGCAGACCUCCCUAGUCGUCCUGUUGCUGUCUUCACAUUUGUCCCACGGUCUCCCUGCCUUUUCUUAAUCUUGGUCAGUUCAUAGAAGGUUGUGUCGUGUCAUUUAUCUUCAGUUUUCUUAUUUUCUAGGAACUUCUUGUAGAAAAGUCCCCCCAAACAGAACAAACCUUAAUAAUUGACUAAAUACCUUGCAUGCUCAACUUAGGAUAAGCACUACGGCAAAGGAUGCAAAAUCUACCAAGCUUCUGAGACCAGUUGAAGCUGACUCAAAAAUCCUAACACACAGCUGAUUGCCAGUGGGCUUCUGGUUACCGUGGGUAGAAUCAGGCAUGCACUCCUUCGCUGGAACCCAACCCGCAGGUGGGCUCACAGAUGUUUGAGAUGCACAGCGGAGGGCGCUGUGAGACGGGCUGGCUGACCCAGCUCCUGGUCCCCGGGACUGGUGACUCAGACCUGAGUGUGGCCCUGGUUUUUGUCACAUAGCAGAGAAAGGAACGAUUUGAACCUGACCUUGCAAAGCAAGUUCUCUGUUUGAUCAGGAGUCGAGUGUAGAUUUCAGGGGUGGCAGAUUGGAUGCACUCGUCUCAUAAUGUUCUGGUCACACACACCAGCUCUUGAUGCCUUUCCUUUGAGUGAAUUGUAGACAGAGGCAUUGAGCUUCUUUCUUAGCCUGUCUCCGUGUUUGUUUGUUGUUUUUUAAUCACAAGCCGAUUGCCAGCAUAAUGGAGAGGAAACCAGAUUGAGUAUGGACUCUUUUCUAUGCCUCUUCCAGUGUCAUGUUUGUAUAUCCAAAUGGACAUGAUCCUCUCAGAUUAUUAUCUGGCACUAAUUUAUAACUGUUAUAUUGUUGGAAAUGGUAGCUGUAUGUCAGUGUGCAGGAUACAUCGCAGGCUUGUGCAGAUGUCUGUCUACACGUAAGUGUAAAUGAAUUUACAUAUCAGGUUUUACACUUCAGUCUCUAAUAAGAGAUUUAAAAAGCCCAACAAAUUGGCCUGUUUCUGAGUGUAUAGGUAUCAUUUCUCCAUGAAUUAUCUGCCUUCCCCCGAUUAAUGAUUGAGUUGGUGGAAAAUGGCUAGGUUUUAUUCAUGUUUUUUUUGUUGUUCUCAACUUUAAAAGUAAUCUACCUCUUAAAAUUUGUAGUUUAAUACUUGUUUGGUGAAUUUGUGCCACUUUAACCCUUUCACUAUCAUUCCCAUUUUGUUACAUUUCUGUUAUGGGGACUUUAUGUUGAAAUAUUGUAUAAAGCAUUUGUAGCAGUUUAAAAAUAAAAUAUUUAAAAUUAUUUAAAUUGUUUUGGACGCUUCAAUUGUAUUAUAUGUGAUUUACAUUUUACAUUUUUGUUUGAGUUGUUAAUCUGGAGAGUGUUCUUGUAUUGAAGUUUGCUGUUAGUAAUUUUAUUCUUGUUGGAGAGUGAUAUAAAAGACUAUUCUAAAGAAAACAUUAAAAUUUACAAAGUGACAUACAAAAGGGGUUGUCCUUUGAUUUUAACCAGUGUAGCCUUGAGAGAGAGAGAGAGGUUAAUAAUUAUAGACAAGAGUGGUGUUUGCUAUGUUUUCCCCUUCCAGCAUGAAAUAAAUCAUUUGAGCUUGUCAAAUGUAUGGAAAGGUUUUUUUAUGCUGUUGCUAGCAAGCACUUCAUGAUGAGGGGAAUUCAAAUGAUGCUUUUUAUAUCAUUGUAACCAAUAAAAAACUUUCUGAAAGCUGUGAAAGGA